CUUGUUUAUCUGGAAUCCGUCCACUAGGAAGUUCUAAAAAUGGCCUGAAUGUAGAUAUAUGUCGAACGAUCAUUACUAUUUGAACAAUUUCAUGUAUGGUUUUGGAUAUGAUGAGGUUCAUGAUGAUUAUAAGGUAGUGGUAGGUGUCCCGGAUGUGGACUAUGACAAUUCGUUUCGUGUUAAGGUUAAAAUGUAUAGUCUGAAUAGUGAUUUUUGGAGAAGUAUUGAUGAUUUUCGUAGUGUGGUGCUAGCCACUAUGUCAGGUAUGUUUGUGAAUGGGAAACUUCAUUGGGCUAAUAAUACUUUUCGUCGUUCUGGUUUGGAUAUCAUUUCUGUUGAUUUGGCUGAGAUGAAAUGGGGAAAAGUGGAGCAACCUUACUAUGGAGAAGCAUAUUUUGGUUGGACGUUGGGAGUUUUGGGAAGUGAUCUUUCCGUGUAAUGUAAUUAUCGAAGUACUCACGCUGACGUGUGGGUUAUGAGGGAGUAUGGGGUUAAAGAAUUAACUAAAGGUGAAAUUUUUAUUUGUUCGGUUAUCAAACAAGUACAGAAAAGUGAAAUUUUGUUUCAGUCUGGAACAUUCAUAAUUUACAAUCCAAAGAAUGAUUCAGUCAUACAUUCAAAGAUUGUCAGCUGCGAUGAAUUUAAUGACGUGAAAAUCUACAAUGAAAGCCUACUAUGGCCCUCUAUUAAGAUGUAACCAAGGAUGCAACAACAGAGAAGGUUGAAAAAGCUCUCUUGAACACAUUCUUGUAACUAAUAGUAAGACUCCUCUGUACAUUUUCGUAUUUUCUUCUGCACUAGUUUGGAGCUUUUGUGCUGCUAAGCUAACUGUAAAUUUUCUUUAAGACUGUC